AUGUAUAAUGAUUUAUACAGCACCAAACUAGGUCAACUUCAUUAUUCAAGCUAUUCAAAUGCAUCAAAGAAAUUAGCUUUUUUUUUAGACAGUUGUAUUUCUAUUUAUAGUUUUAAAAAUGGGUUAUUAAAAAAAGAAACCAUUAAAGUUUCAUCAAAAGAUUACAAUAAAAAAGAAUAUAGUAUUGGAGAGCCAGAGGCACCAGUAUUUCCAAUAUUACGAUUACCUAAAGAUGAUACACAUUUUACAUUAGGAUGUUUUUCAGAUGUUUACUUACCAUCACUAGGUGGUGGCUUUCAACUUUUGGUCGCAGCAACUUCAAACUCAAAUGUUAUUGUAUUUAGAUCACCAGAUAUUUCAUCAACAUCAAUUAAUUAUACAUGGGAGCUCGUUUUAAAUGUAUCUGAUAUUUUAAAUCAGACAUUACACGAUUACGAAUUUAACAAACCAAUAAAAGAAAAUAAAACAGAGUUUAUUGACAGAAAUAUUCAUCCAAGAGCAUACAAUCACGAUACUGAAAUUGUCUCUAAUUUAGAGUUUAAAAAGAGAUCAGAAUGGUUAGCUUCAAGAGCAUUGGGAUGGUCGAAUGUCAUGAAGUGUUAUUCAUCAAACGAAGAAAAAAUUGAGGAUUUAGAAGGAAAUGAAAAGAUGAUAUUUUUGACAGUAGGAACAAAAAGAGGAUUGGUGUUAUAUAGAUGUCUUUUACCAGACUUAAAUAGUAUUUUCAGCGAGUCAAAUUUCACAUUCUUUAAAUUAAUCGAAACCCAUGAUUGGGUUGUAGGUCUAAGUUGGAAGCCAACCUUUUCUAUUGACCAGCUUGAUGAAGAAGGAGCCGAGAAUAUUAGUGGUAUAGUUGCUUUGGCUUUAGGUGAUGGUAGUGUUAUAUUACAAACAAUUAAUAAUAAUGGUGAGGCAGAGUUACUAGAAACAAUUGUUCAAAAAGAUAGUAACCCAGCAUCAAUUUUAGAAUGGGGGCCAAUUAAUGAAAGUGGGGAAAGUUAUUUAAUUAUUUGCAAAGGUUUUGGAUUCUAUUUAUAUGAUUUUGAAAACAAGAUGUUAUCAAAUUUCAUUAUUGCACAUAGAGAUAAGAUUACAGGUGCUUCAUUUUCAGAUCAUUCACAUUUUUUAACAUCAUCAUUGGAUAAUAAUAUUAUUGAAUUUCACAUUGAGCCUAAAUUUUGGAGCGGUGAUAAAAUUACUCCAUCAUCUGUAAAUUAUAUUAAAAGAGAAGAAAAUAAUAGUUUAGGUGUACUGUCAGUUUUUUCCUCACCAAAUAGAUUAAUUACAUGUUAUUUAGAAGAAUUAGUAAAGGGUAGUAAAAUGUUUGAAUCCAAAUUGGAUGUUUCUAGUUUUACAAUUGCGUAUAAAAUACCAGCAUAUAGUUUCCAAUCAUUUAAAUCCUCAUUCCUUCAAAAAUUUAAAAGUGAAGAAUCAAGAAAUAUUUGGGACUAUUUUAUAUACAUUAAUAUAUAUACAAAUGAAGAGAUUAUUGAAUUUAUCAAAGAGUUGAUCGAAAAUGAGCCAGAUAGCAAAGUGUUGCAUUAUAAAUUUAUUAUUAAACUAUAUUAUAUAUUAAAGGUAUUGUCAAAUUUAAAUUUGAGGCUAUUCUUAUUAUUUUUAUUUUACUAA